AUGAAGACCAUCAAGGAGGCUGGAUCAUCACAAUAUGGGCGUGUAUGGUUGAGAGGAAAUGAAUAUAAUUUCAACACUCCCACUAUCAACCUGUAUCUGGGCAUUGAUGCAAGUGAUAUUGAGGAUCCGGUUAUUGGGGCAAACACCAUCACUAAGGUCAUCACAGGAGGAACUUAUAGCUAUUGGCCUGCUGAAACCAGCAUGCUGCCUGCCAAAUCCUUGUCAACAAAGUAUGCAAUUCUGCAUAAAAUAGCCAUGACAAACUGGAUGCCAAAUGAACACAGAGGAGGAUUAAACUUGCUCAUGGCCACUCUGAUAUACAAAAUAGGAAAAGGUAUUCCCGUUGACUUAGGUGACAUAAUCUUCAAACAUGUGGCAUCUUUCAGGAAACCAGAAUCAAAGGAAAGCAAAGUGAAGCUACCUUUUCCCUGUACAAUCUAUGGAGUACUGCGCACACAAGGAUUCAAACCUGAGCAGAAUGAGCCUAUGGAAACCCCUCAAGUCAGAAUGAUUGAUACCAGACUCAAACAAGGAUCACAUGUGCUUGACAUUUUUCCAGAACAUGGAAGCAGCUCAGCCCUAACCUUGAACCUUGAUGUCCCUUUUAUCAGCAAACUCACAGCCCAGCACCUUGACAGAAGCAUCAAAGAUCUCAACACAAUCAUACAAAUACUUGUUGAGAAGAGAACAGUUGAAAUGCAAUUGCGUGAACAACUGAGGUUAAGAGAUCAAGAAAUGACUGCUACUAUUGCUGAACUACCUACUGAUCCUUCCAUGGAAAGUGAUGAACAGACUGUUGAAAACCCACCAGAAGUUGAUACUACCAUGAACAGCCAGGAGGCUGAAUCCUUAGAAUCGGAAUGA